AUGCUUCAUCUUUGGGUGGUGGCCCUGACCGGGCUAGUCUUCCUGACACCCCUCGUCGCAGCGCAGGAUCCUGCCCUCGACAAUGCCUGGAAUCUUUGGCAAAGCACCCAUUCGAAAAUAUACGCCAAGGGGGAAGAGUAUCUCCGCAGAAGUUUGUGGGAGAGCAACCUGGAAAAGAUCAAAAAGCACAACCGCGAGGCUGCCCAGGGAAAACACACUUAUAGGCUGGCAAUGAACCGGUUUGGGGACUGGACCGAGGAAGAGUUCAAGCAGAAGAUGACCGGAUUGCGCUUUAACCAGACCGGACAACGCAACGACAACGCAAAGUUCUUCAGGAAAUUCUCUCAAUGGCAGUCUCCCGAUUUUGUGGACUGGCGCACAAGAGGUUACGUGACCCCAGUGAAAGACCAGGGCCACUGUGGCAGCUGCUGGGCGUUCAGUGCCACGGGAGCGCUGGAAGCCCUGCAUUUCAAAAAGACGAAGCAGCUGGUGUCUCUGAGCGAGCAAAACCUAAUAGACUGCUCCAGGAAAGAGGGAAACGAGGGCUGCCACGGAGGCUUGCCGAGCAACGCCUUUGAAUACGUGAAGCGAAAAGGCAUCAACUCUGAGCACACCUAUCCCUAUGAGGCGGAGAACGGAAGCUGUCGUUUCAAGAAAUGGGACAUUGCAGCAAGAUGCAAGGGCUACGUAAACAUUCCAGCCGGAAACGAGAGGGUCCUGGAAAAAGUGGUGGCAUUUGAGGGCCCGGUUUCUGUUGGAGUAAACGCUUUUGACUUCCAGUUUUACAGUCACGGAAUCUACAAUAACCGCCAAUGCGGCGACCACCUAGACCAUGCGAUGCUGGCCAUUGGCUAUGGGUUCGAGAGACAUAACGGCCAGAGACUGGUUGACUACUGGAUCCUAAAGAACAGCUGGGGCUCGGCUUGGGGUGAAGAUGGCUACAUGAAAAUGCAGAAAGGAGCGAACCUCUGCGGAAUAGCAGAGGGUGCAAGUUAUCCCUUCUAACCAGCCAUCGUUUCCUCAUCUACUGGAUCCAUGCAGUUAGGACCAGCGAAACCUCAGCAUUUAUUGAGCCUCUUCCUUCCUUCCUUCCUUCCUUCCUUCCUUCCUUCCUUCCUUCCUUCCUU